AUGGCCACUGUCAACAUUCGUCGGGAUGUCAGCGAUCCCUUUUACCGCUACAAGAUGGAGCGCCUGCAGUCCAAGAUUGAGGGCAAGGGCAACGGUAUCAAGACCGUCGUCGUGAACCUGAACUCGGUCGCCCAGUCUCUCAGCCGUCCGCCAUCUUAUGUGAUCAAGUACUUCGGUUUUGAACUCGGUGCCCAGGCCAACGCCAAGCCCACUGAUGAUCGUUGGAUCAUCAACGGUGCUCAUGAUGCUGCCAAGCUCCAAGACUACCUGGACGGAUUCAUUUCCAAGUUCGUUCUUUGCAAGAAGUGCAAGAACCCGGAAACCGACGUUAUCAUCAAGGAUGACAAGAUUAUUCUGGACUGCAAGGCUUGCGGCCAGCGUUCCGAUGUUGACCCCCGUUUGAAGCUGAGCACCUUCAUUCUGCGGAACACUGCCACCGGCAAGGGAGGAAAGAAGGACAAGGCGGCCAAGAAGGCUCGUCGUGAGCAAAAGAAGAAGAACGAUGACACGGCGAACGGAGAAGAAAACGGCAGCCCAGGAGACAGCAACUCCGACAACGGCGAUGAGAAUGGCGACGAAGCCUUGGCUGCAAACAGCGAUGAUGAGCUUACUCGCCGCAUCCAAUCCGAGGCCAAGGGCAUCGAGGCCGACGAAAUCGAGGAUGAUGACUGGGCCGUCGAUGUCUCCGAGGAGGCUGUCAAAGCCCGCGCUAAGGAUCUCCCCGACGACCUGAAGCGUUCUCUUGUCCUCGAAGAUGCGGAGGAGGAUGGAGCCGAUGGUCCUUCGGCCUACGACGAGCUUGGUAGUUGGAUCCUCAACGCAGCCACUGAAAAAGGUGGCAUUGCCAACGUUGACGAUGUGGAAAUCUACAUCAAGGCCAAGGAGUACGGCAUUGAGUCCAAGCACAAGACCGUUGCUGUCCUUGCUCAGACCAUCUUCGAUGAGAAGAUCGUCAAGCAGAUUGCUUCCCGUGCCGGCCUUCUCAAGAAAAUGAUCACUUCUGAGCGCCACGAGAAGUCUUUCUUGGGUGGUACCGAGCGAUUCGUCGGCAAAGACCGCCCGGAACUCCUCAACCAGAUCUCUCCCAUCUUGCUUGGCUACUAUGAGAACGACAUUGUGUCUGAGGAAACCCUCAAGGCCUGGGGCUCUAAGGCCAGCAAGAAGUAUGUCGACAUCUCCACCAGCAAGAAGGUUCGCAAGGCCGCCGAGCCCUUCCUGCAGUGGCUCGAAAACGCCGAGAGCGAGGAGGAGGAAAGUGAUGACGAAUAG